GACGCGUGUUAUGCCCUUGGUUUACUAGAGGAUGAUAAAGAAUUUGAUGAUUGUAUUAAAGAAGCAACGGCAUGGGGUACUGGAAUUCAACUACGCCAGCUCUUCUCAACAAUUUUACUGAAUUGUACUGUUAUUAAUCCAGGUUUGCUUUGGGAAUCUAAUUGGAAGUUACUUUCUGAAGAUAUUUUAUACAGGCAACGCCGACUACUAAACUUCCCCGACCUCCAUUUGUCAGAUGACCAAUUAAAAAACUAUGCGCUUUCCGAGAUACAAAAACAUCUUAGAAAGGUUGGCAAGUCUUUGGAAGAUUACAAAGGAAUGGCCAUUCCCAAUAGCAAUGUAAUUGAGGAACUGAACAACCGACUUAUUACGGAGGAGCUAAAUUAUGAUAUGUUAAAAAUGCAUGAAGAAUACUCUCAGUUGCUACACGGUCUUAAUUCAGAUCAAAAGGCAAUUCAUGAUUUUGUGCUUCAAUCAAUUACCUUGAACUUUGGAAAGUUAUUCUUUGUGUAUGGUUCUGGUGGAACGGGAAAAACUUACCUUUGGCGAACACUACUUGCAAAAUUAAGAUCGGAAGGUAAGAUUGCUCUAGCUGUUGCAACUUCUGGCAUUGCUGCUCUAUUACUACCGGGUGGCCGAACUGCACAUUCUAGAUUUCAAUUACCUUUGAAUCCAAAUGAGGCUUCAACAUGUUCAAUCAAUAAAGGCACACAUCUUGCUGAAUUAAUUAUGCAAACAUCUUUAAUUAUUUGGGAUGAGGCACCCAUGGCCAACAAAUAUUGCUUUGAGGCAGUAGAUCGAUCACUUCGUGAUAUUAUGAAAGGAAUCAAAGAAGACUACGGUUUGAAACCAUUUGGUGGAAUAACUACUGUAUUGGGUGGUGACUUUCGUCAGAUUUUACCUGUAGUUCGAAAAGGUGAUAGGCAUGAUAUGAUCCAAGCUUGCAUAAAAAAUUCAUAUCUUUGGAAUUCAUGUGAGGUUCAUUUGCUACGUCAAAAUAUGCGUCUACAAUCAAAUUGGUUGGACUCAAUCUCAAAAGAUGCAAUGCAAAACUUCGCAGAUUGGAUACUUGACGCAUGUGAUGGAAAACAAUGCUCAGAUAUCGGAGAAUCAUGGAUAUCAAUAGAACAAAACUGGAUGCUCCCAAAAUCACAUGAUGAUUUUCAAUCUAUA